CUUCGUUUCAGAGCUCACAUUUCCCUCCUACCAUCGCAGUUCAAGCACAACCCUCCAUAAAACCGUCAGUUAGGGCAGGGCUACUUCACACGUCUAUCUUUUGGUCCUGUAGGUAACAUCUUCACAGACUGAGCAGGAACAGAACUGCAAACAAACUUUGACGGUCUCGAACUUUGUCCGUCCGUCCGAUACUGCAUUCGUCUUCAGCAUGGCCCUGGCUGACAACAAAGGAUCGGGCUUGUCCAGUGGAGAUGCUGGGGCCCUGGGGUUCCCCGAGAUCGUGGAGCUUAACGUUGGGGGUCAAGUCUAUGUCACUCGCUACGGUACACUGGUGGCUGUGCGGGACUCGCUGCUCUGGCAUAUGUUCACCCAGAAAAAAGCUAAGGAGCUAGCCCGAGACAGCAAGGGGCGAUAUUUUCUCGACCGAGAUGGUUUCCUGUUCCGUUACAUCUUGGACUACCUGCGGGACCUGAAGCUUGUGCUACCUGACUACUUCCCUGAACGCAGUCGCCUGCAGAGGGAAGCACAGUUUUUCCAGCUCCCUGAGCUUGUCAAGUGUUUAAACCCUCUUAUCAGCAAGGAAAACUCGAUCACGGAAGAAGGGGUCUUCAGUUGCGCUAGCGACCCCGAACAAGAACUUCAGGGGAUGGGAGGUGCAGGAAUUUCUGUUGCUACUAUUGAUAUGUCCCGAGUGGCUUUAUCACCUGCUAGUAGCCCUGGAUCGAUUGCUCCCACACCACAAUCUCUGGAAACUAGGAGGUCAGGCUACAUCACCGUCGGAUACAGGGGCUCUUACACUAUUGGCAGAGACAUACAGGCAGAUGCCAAAUUCCGUAGGGUUGCCCGCAUCACAGUUUGCGGAAAAACCUCAUUAGCCAAAGAAGUAUUUGGGGAUACCCUAAACGAGAGCCGGGACCCUGAUCGCCCCCCUGAAAGAUACACUUGCCGUUACUAUCUGAAAUUUAAUUUUUUGGAGCAAGCAUUUGAUAAACUGGCUGAAGCUGGCUUCCAGAUGGUGGCCUGCAGCUCAACUGGAACAUGUGCUUUUGCCAGUAAUGACCAAAGUGAAGACAAAGUAUGGACCAGCUACACCGAAUAUGUUUUCUGCAGACAAUGAACAAGAUGUAAAUUCCGCCCCAGUGUGGAUUUCUGCUGAAACCUAACAUAGCAUAUUGGAUUACGUAUUUUACACUAUGUCUGCCAGUUGGCACUUUGUGGUGAAGACAAAACAGAGGCGGGGACCUUUAAAGCUUCAAAAUAGAGUUCCAACUAGAAUCUUUUCUUUCUUACUUUCGUCAAUCCCCCACGAUAUAUGUAAGACAACAGACAUCAUAAUGCAUUAUGUAUUUGAAA